GUUUCGCGCGUGAACGCCGCGGGAACCACCGUCCUAUCUGGUGAGAAAUAAAACGGGGAAACAUUCGUUUCUUUGCCAGCGAUCGAUCAUGAACAUCGAGGGUAAGAUCGCGCUCGUCACCGGCGGGGCGAACGGAAUCGGCUUCUGCGCCGCCCGAAAACUCCUACGAAAUGGAGCGAAGACGGUAGCUCUGUUGGAUCUGAACGAUUCCGGUGGCGAGAGCGCAGCCACUGAAUUGAACAACGAGUUUGGCAAAGACCGCGCUAUCUUCAUCGCCUGCGAUGUGUCGAAGAGCGAAAAACUUAAAGAAUCGUUCAAAAAAGUUAUCGACAUGUACGAGACGUUAGAUAUUCUCGUCAACAUCGCGGGCAUUAUGGACGACGCGGAUUGGGAAAUAAUGGUCGAUGUGAACUACAAAGGCAUCGUUCAUGGAACUAUCUUGGGAUUACAUAUUAUGGGGAAGUAUAAGGGUGGCAAUGGUGGAGUCAUCGUAAACAUGUCCUCUGUAGCUGGCCUCGAGGGCAUCCCUAUAGCGCCAAUUUAUGGCGGGACGCAGUACGCCAUUGUCGGUUUCACUCAGUCGUUGAAGCAUUAUUAUGAGAAAACCGGUAUCCGUAUGCUGACAAUAUGCCCUGGAUUAACGACCACAGCUAUGGCUGCCAGAUUUAUGUCUUCCAAAGAACACGCUAUGGAUCUUCUCGAUGAAGAAACCGCGGCCAUGGCAAUGGCCACUAUGCAGAAACAACCGCCAGAACAUGUAGCCACUGCUAUUAUCCAAUUAAUCGAACACGGGAAGAACGGCGCCAUUUACGUCAUCGAAAACAAUCAACCUGCAUACGCGAUCGAAAUUCCUAGUUAUAGCGCCUUAAAAGUCCCUAUAUAUAGUCAGCAUAUAAUGAACAACGUAGAAGGCAAGACCGUUUUGAUCACCGGUGGAGGUAGUGGACUCGGUUUAAUUUAUGCUGAGAGACUAUUGCAAGAUGGGGCGAAGGUAGUUGCUAUCAUUGACUUAGACAACUCGUCCGUACAAAUCACAGUGUCACAAUUGGAAACAGAAUUCGGCAAAGGAACCGCCAAAUAUUUUCCAUGUGAUGUAAGCAAUGCUGAACAAUUUGAAGCGACCUUCAAAAAAGUUUGGGACACUCUGGGUGGCCUGGACAUUCUUAUCAACAAUGCUGGUUUACUUAAUGACUUAAAAUGGCAGCAAACUAUUGGCGUGAACAUUAACGGCGUAAUCCAAGGAUCUUUGCUCGCUUUGGAUUAUAUGGGCAAACACAAAGGUGGCAAAGGAGGCACCAUAGUAAACAUCGCAUCGAUCGUGGCUCUGAAAAUCUUCUCUGAAAUACCUAUUUAUUGUGCCAGCAAACACACUGUCUUGGCGUUCAGUCGUUGCAUACAGGAACACUUUGACAAAACUGGCGUUCGUAUUCUUGUACUUUGCCCUGGUGCCACGGCAACGACGCUUUUGGAUGAAGUGACAGAGAAAUGUUUAGACUUUGUUGAAAAAAAUGCUGUUCAAACACUGCUAGAAUCACUGCCGAUACAAUCAACGCAACACGUAGGAAGAGGCAUGAUACAGUUUCUCAUGAGAGGUGAAAACGGAGCUGUCUGGGUCAUUGAAGGCAAAAAACCACCAUACGCUGUUGAGUUUCCACCUUACAAAAAAGUGGAGGUGAAUCUCUAAAGAUGAAUGACUAAUCUUUUAUAUUGUAUUAUUGACUUGUCCCAUUUUGUACUUAAAGAUGACCACUGAAACUACUGAAAUUCAAAUAAUAGUAUUUGAAGUACUUUAUCAAACUGCAAGCUACAUAUAAGCAUAUGUAACGUAAAAGUGAUAUUUUUCUUAAAACGAAUAAAUUAUUGGAAGCGAAA